AUGGGAAGACCACGAGCCCUUGCCUUCAAACAGGCCAUGCAGUCAGAUAGCGCCAAGAACUGGCACGCCGCUAUGGCGGACGAAAUCCAGUCCCUGCAGGUCAACAAGACCUGGGAGCUCACUGACCUCCCGCCAGCCGCCGCUGAAGACCUAGAGAUCGAGCAAAUGGAUGUCAAGACCGCUUUCCUCUACGGGGACAUCGACGAAGAAGUCUACCUCGAGCAGCCAGAGGGCUUCGAAGACGGCACUGGCCGCGUCUGCAGGCUCAAGAAGGCCAUCUAUGGGCUCAAGCAGGCGCCUCGCAUCUGGUUCCACACCAUCACCAAGUUUCUUGAGACACUAGGCUACAGGCCCAUUGCGGCAGACGUCAGCGUCUUCGUCCGUGGCAAGAGCAUCAUUGCAAUCUACGUCGACGACCUACUUCUCACUGGAGCCUGUCCUCGGGAGGUCCAACGGAUCAAGGAUGCCCUCAGCAAACGCUUCCAGAUGACUGACCUAGGUCCCUGCUCCCAUUACCUAGGCAUUAAAGUCACUAGAGAUAGGGCCAGGCGUCGGAUCGAACUGUCCCAGCGAGCCUACAUUGAAAAGAUCCUAAGGACCUACAACAUGUCAGACUGCAACCCAACGGACACCCCUAUGGCCGCAGAUCCGCUCCAACCACCCGCAGAGGACUGGCACGCCCCUCCCAAGGACCAGGCCGCCUAUGCCAAGAGGGAGGCCAUCUGGCUGCGUUCCCUAAUGAAGGACCUAAGCCACCCACAGGCUGGGCCAACAGCCAUACACGAGGACAACAAGGGCGCUAUAGAUCUGGCCAACAACGCUCAGCACCACUCUCGCACUAAGCAUAUCUCUCUUAAGUGGCACUUCAUCCGAGAGAAGGUUGCAGAAGGGACCGUCAGCCUUAUCAAGAUCGAAGGCACCAAGCAGCCUGCUGAUGGGCUCACCAAGGCCCUGCCACGAGAUGCCUUCCUCCGUUUCCGGGACUCUCUAGGCGUCAAGUCCGAUUAG